AUGAGCCAAAGCAAUACUCCUGCUCUUCCUGCUACUGAUGUCAGGACUAGGACAGAUUAUUAUGAGGAUGAUCAUUCUGAGACGACGGACAUCGCGACAAGUUCUUCGGACAAUCCUAACUCUUCCAAGGCUCCAAGAGGCCAGAAUACAUCAAAUAGGCCUGACAAUGCUGCUCAUACUGAGGAGGGCUCCAAGGAUGAUGUAAAGGCCCACAAUGCGAAUGCAUUGUCACUCCCAGUUUCUUCGGACAAGGCACCGCAUUCUUCCAGCGACGCUAAACAUGUGCCUUCUGUGACUCCGAAAGUCCAGCAGAUAUCAAGCCCGCCUACUGACAAUGCGAGACCAACCGAAAGCCCUCUGCAGACAGACAAACUUCAGCAGAAGAGAUCCAAAGAAAUUCAGAGGAUCUUGGAUGGCGAGGAGAACGACUAUGAGCGAAUUUUGGGUAUUUCGGGAUCACGUGAUAAAACGGCUGUUCAGAAAGCAUUUAAGAAGAAGGCGUUGCUUGUUCAUCCUGACAAAAACAAUGGAGGACGAAAGGCCCGAACAGCAUUUAUGAUGCUUGUUGAAGCAUCUGAGAAUAUCCUUGACAAAGACCAGUGUACUGAGUUGAAUAUAUCAGCUUCAUGGCAUCCAAGUGCAUAUGAUGAUGAUGGUGACAGUUCCUCAUCUGAUGAUGAAGAACCAGACGCCGAAACCAAGAGCCCUGAAAAGGAAAUCAGGAAGGCAAAUGCUCCAGAUGAAGUCAAAGCCAUAUACCAGGAAGCGACUCCCCAUGUUUUGAAACUCUUUGAACACGCAAAGGACGAGGCAGCACAAAAGGGACUGUCAGAGGCGGAAGGAAAAUUGUCACAGUAUUAUGAAAACCAUCCUGACCUGGCACAAUCCUCCGGACGGUUGACUAUUUUGUCAUCGUACCUCAUACAACUCGCCAAAGAAAGAGAGGCCCUAGGAACUGAGAUCAAAGCCGGAGAUGAAAAAGCGUUGAAAGUGUAUCAGCAGUAUCAGUUGUCAUUGGCCGACACUGCAAGAGCGUUUGAUUGGCCGGAGUCAUGGCGACUCCCCGAUCAAAGCCCAGAGUGCAGCCGUGAAAUCCUACACAAGCUCGCUGAUGAUCACAUACAAAAGCUAAAGAAGCAACCCGGAGACGAGGAGGCUCUAAAAGCUCUUCAAAGACUGAAUAGCUGGGUAGGAGAAUACGAGAACAAAAAUGGCACCAUGGACUCUAUUAUUAUUGAUAUAGAAAAAUUGCGUUCUUCCUACUCAGCGAUGCAAAACUGGCUUCCGAGCCUUGAACAAGAUCCAAAUAGUACUGAGGCUCGGAGGAAGGUGGAGACGGUGAAUGAUGAAAUAAAAGUUCAGUGUACCAAAAAUCACUAUCCUGAUACCUGGUCUUAUGAUAUACCUGGUCCACACAAUCCCCAGCCAAGUUCUUCUCCGCCACGGAUAAGAAGUAGGGAUAAUGAGUUGAUAUGUGGGAUCCAGAAGAUUGGUAACGGCUAUAGGGUCGCUGUCUUGGAGAACGACAAAAUCCCCAUCGGUGAACUUCGGGCUGGGGCUAAAGUCGGGCAUGACAGCGUUGAUAGCUAUAUGGCAUCGGAAGGACGCAUUGAGAUGACAAGACUCGAGCGCGAUCCCGAUAACGGCCGAAAGUACAAGGUAUUGGCUGUUUUCGAACACAAGGGACCGAAACAUAUUACCUGGGUUGGGGUCAAGGACACAAGCAAUCCAGAACAGUCUAAGCCCCAUCUCGUAACAUUAACCAACUAUCGCGAUAUACGAAGGGGCGUUGAUGCAGACUACGAUGUUCGAGAUCUUUAUCGGAAGUAUAGAAGACCAGCUCCGAAUCACAUCAGCAAGAAUCUGGCGGGAUACUCUAAGUCUACAGUGCCACAGGCAGCUGAGCCAAAACAACAGGCAGAUAAGCCUCCGUUGCAGCUUGAUGACCGAGCAGCACCCGAUGAUACAGGUGCGGCUAUGGUCGAAGAGCUCCUGAAUAGUCUCCGGAAUGAAGUUAGAAUGAAUACAAAACUAAGCGAGCAGGCAAAGGAAAUCCAAGCACUUCGUGCUCAGUUGAAUAGAUUCAACAUGGCCUGA